GCAACGCGGCAGCGGAUGUAGCGGCAGCAGUCUACAGUACAUCGGCAACCAUGUAGCGCUGAGAGCAAAAAUAUCUUCCCCCGACUAGCUAAAGUAUAACGACUUCACAUUUAUUCAUGUUGCCAUAAAGUAACCGUGCACCAGAAUGUGUUUCUGAGGAGAACUGGACGUCCAGACGGAAAUUACAAGGCGAGGGAGUCGAGUGUGAAACCGAAGCCUGUAACGUAGAGGCACUAUCUGCCCUCGCCUGGACGUUUGGUAGGGGACGUUGGGGCUGCUCUUCUGAUUUAAUAGCCCGGCGUAUUAGCAGCUGUUUAAAUGACUGCACUUGUGCGGAUACGCGUAUUUUAGACUCGAGGGAAGGGCGUGUAACGCUAACGGAUACCGGGCGUUUGUAGUUUGUUGGCACCAGGUCUGACUACCCGCGUUACCGCCCCGUUUUUUCUCUCUUGUAGUAACGCUAACAGCACGGCCGGGAGAAGGAGGCUGAAAGUACCGUGUUGGGUUUGGACUAUAACCAAAGCCUGCGUUCACUAUGGGGAAUACAACCUCCUGCUGUGUGUCCUCGAGCCCCAAACACCGGAGGAACAACCACUCAAGGCUCGAGCCCUACCGGCCCGAGCCGGAGCUGAGCCGGGAGGACACGGGCUGCAACCUCCAGCACAUCAGCGACAGAGAGAAUUUAGACGAUCUGCCCAUGGAGUACAAUCCCUCUGAUCAUCCCCGGGCCAGCACCAUCUUCCUCAGCAAGUCACAGACUGACGUUGCUGUGCCCAACAAGAGAGUUCGAGAAAAACGGAAGAGCCUUUACAUCAACCAUUUCACACACAUUUCGGAGAACAAGCAUCAUCCAGGCCCAGUGAGACGGAAGUACAGCUCAUGUUCCACCAUAUUUCUUGAUGACAGCACUGUCAGUCAGCCCAACCUCAAAUACACCAUCAAAUGCGUAGCCCUCGCAAUAUACUACCACAUAAAGAACAGAGACGUUGAUGGAAGAAUGUUGUUAGAUAUUUUUGAUGAGAAGCUGCAUCCGCUCUCGAAGUCGGAGAUUCCUCCUGAUUACGAUAAACACGACCCAGAGCAGAAACAGAUCUACCGCUUUGUCAGGACGCUGUUCAGUGCCGCGCAGCUCACCGCUGAGUGUGCCAUAGUCACAUUGGUGUAUUUGGAGAGACUCCUGACCUACGCUGAGAUCGACAUUUGCCCUGCCAACUGGAAGCGCAUUGUGUUAGGAGCCAUCCUCCUGGCAUCCAAGGUCUGGGAUGACCAGGCGGUCUGGAACGUCGACUACUGCCAAAUCCUCAAGGAUAUCACUGUGGAGGACAUGAAUGAGCUGGAGCGUCAGUUUCUGGAGCUGCUGCAGUUCAACAUCAACGUGCCGUCCAGUGUCUACGCCAAGUAUUACUUUGACCUGCGCUCAAUGGCUGAGGCCAACAACCUCAGCUUUCCCCUGGAACCCCUCAGCAGGGACAAGGCCCAGAAACUAGAGGCCAUCUCGCGGUUGUGUGAUGACAAAUACAAGGACUUGAGGAAACAAGCCAAGAAGCGGUCGGUGAGCGCAGACAACCUGACGGUGGUGCGGUGGUGUCCGGCCAUCAUUUCCUAACACUGGCCGCCUGGAGCACGGGGAUAGACCUGUCAGACAUACUGUACUGUAUUUCUGCCUGGUAAGCAGGCAGACCAGGUGGGCAGCAGUCCUGUGGAUCAGUGGGUCUGUCUGGAAUACACACACAUAACACACACACACACACACACACACACACACACACACACACACACACACACACACACACACACACACACACACACACACACACACACAGCACAAUCUGGCACUUGUACAAGUGAUUGCAAACUCUCUGAUCAUUGUACAUAAAAGAAGUCCCACUGGCUGCCUGAACUGAACCAAACAGAGCUGAGCUGAACCAAACGGAAGUGUGUGAGUGAAAGUUGUUGGAAUGACGAGCUCGACUGCAGAAGAAAGAAGAGGCCGCACAGAAUUACAGCCGGCAAUAUGAGAGACUGUGUGAAGUUGGAAAAAGAAGAUAUUAAUGCGGAAUAUAACAGAUUGGCAACAACGUUCCAUAAUUCCCUCUUAGGCUCGACUGGCUUGUACGGUUGAUUGAGGGAGGCCGUGUACAUUCCUUUAAUUUGAAUCUCCUGCUUUAGUUUCUGAGCUGAAGCAUGAGAUUUUUUUUGGACAGCUUACAGGCACAUUUUAAAAUGCUCAAUUCCUCAAUUUGUGUUAAUGUUUUGUUGGUGUUUAUCUGUUAUGUUGCAUUCCCAUCCAGCAGAACCCUCUGCUAAUGAAUCCAAGCAUACACAAAGGAAAGACAUGUACAUUCCACCGUUCACUUAAAUGUACAGGUAAUAGAUUUGACUGGACUACAUAUCAUACUCCUCUGCAAAUUAUUCCACAAGGUAUUCAUUUACAUUGUAGCCAUUUAACUCUCUCGUUCAAAGAGCUAACGCUGAAAAAGCAAGUCAGUGUUUAGCUCAAAGACGCUUCGACAGCACCUGGGAAUUCAACGCGUACUGUUCCAGAUACAGAACAGCUUCUCUCGCAGCAAGGCCAUCCAGCCACCAUUCAAAUACAGCUAUUCACUUAAAGCAAUAUUCAUGCAUUGCUUUGUUGUUGUGAUCAAAUACAAUGAAGCGUGCAUACUCGGGAGAAGACUGACUGGAAGACAGAGGUUCACUACUCUCAGUCACAUUUGAGACAUACUGUAGAGCUUAUGUUGUACUUAACUCACUGCCAUUGUCCUGACCUGUGGUGCCUGUAAUAAGCUAGUUUAACACUUCUCCCCUCUCUACUGGAGGAACAGAACAAAUAACUGAAGUAUUUUUUUUUCCUUAACAUUUUCUAUGGUUCUUCCAGCUUAUAAAGAAACAGCACAAUGGAAUAUUUACAUUUAGGGGCCACUAAAAGCAUGAUUCUUCAGGGUUGUUUUUUGUUCUGGAGAGGACCGAAAUGAAUGAAAAAGCAUUAAGCGACAAUUCAAACUCUGCUUACAAAAAGAUAGAUUGUAUACAUUUUGCUAAAUUGUCUCUGUACAGUGUAAAUACAGCGCCAGUGUGCAAAACCUGUAGACUAAGGUCGUACUGUAAAAAAACAGAAUGAUGUUAGAAUAUUUAUAUUGGAUCAGUUUUUACUGGACAGGAGGGCGGCAGUAAAUAUGUUGGAUUCCUUGUACCUAUGACAAAUCAAGUAAAGACAAAGGUGGAGUAUUAUGAUAUAAAUGGGAGACACCACUUAAGAUUUUUUGUCUGUUUUCUUGUUAGGAUGUUUUCACUCUGCAGAAAAUGCCAAGUUUUUAUGUGUUACAUACUGUAUAUGGUAUAUAGAUAAUACAAGACAAUUCAGGCUUAUUAUAUGAUUUGUCAUUUUUGAAGAUUUUUUUAACCCCACUCUGUGGAAGCGUUGCCAGAUUCUUAUCAGAUGAUAAAGUAAAAACAACUUUAUUUUGCUCCUAUUUAUCUUUCAGUUGCUCAUUUUAUUAUGUUUGAGCUCAUUCAUUUCCCUACUGUUUUGGCCUUGGCACACAAUAAAUAAUUUAUCUGCCCGCUAUUUUCCCCAAGCAACAUUUCCUUUUACUCACUACAGUUUUUUUGCUUCCAAAUAGCAUUAGUAACCUAACUUUGUCAGCGUUUGGUUGAUGGCUAAAAUGCUGUUACAAGAGUUUAUACAGGGAUUCUACAGCAGUAAUGUUUAUGGAUGAUGAAUAUGUGCACUGGCUGGUCCUAGUUUGAGAAAGAGAUUUAGCUUCAUCUGUGUAGCUAGCUGAAAAGACUAGUGCUCACUGCAUGGAUGUAUUGAAGGACCUAGAUACUCAAAGAUGCCACCCACUCAAAAUUGCCCGCCUAGCACAUGAGCCAAAAUAGUUUUCCAUCUUCAGGGUUUGCUUGCGUAUGGUGCGACCCACUGCAUGUGCACAUCAGUGUGUCAUUAUCAUUAGUGUUUCUGCCACUGGCCUCGUGUUUUUGCUCGGCCCAUAGACUUCACCAAUAUGAAACAUCCAUAAAUUAAACAUUCAUGAUACAAAGAGUAAUAACCAACCUCUUAAUACAGCCGUGAUUCUGGCACUAGUGUUUUCAGUUAAGAAUAGUCGCCACACCAUCAUCUAAAUAGCUCCACUGAUGUUACACACAUACAUUCGUAGUGAACAAAUAAAUUAUUAAAUGUAUGCGAAGGCCAAAAAUACAGGAAAAUUAAGGAGCUGAGAUAAAUAGACGGGUAAAAUAAAUUCAAUUGAUUUACUGUAUGAACUGAUUGGCGGUAAAGAAUGAUGUGUUCAGUACUAUCUUUAAAUUUUCUGAAACCUUUUAUAACCUAUUGGCAGUUUUGGUGCUCUGCAGUUUCUUGCAUUUACUGGAAAUAAAUGAAACUGUCAGUUUUUUCAUGAACAGAUCACUUCCUGAUUUGUUCUUUUCUUAAAUCGGAUAUAUACAGGGAUGUAGUCGAGGGUAAGCCUAUUAAAUCACUGAGUUUCAUUGGGUUACUUCAUUCUAGUUUUCACACUUGAAUGGGUUGAUAGAAGUGUGAAGUAAUGCUUCUAGUAUAAAAAACGUAAUAGUGGUUGUUUGCCUUAUGAUCAACUGGACUCACACUUUCCUCAAUUACAUGACUGAAUAGGCAGUAAACAGUAUGUAUCAAAAUAUUGUGACAUAACCUGGAGGUGUCUAAAAAAAGACAUGAAAAUAGUUUUUUUAGAUGCAUUUUUCUUCAUUACAAAUGUGACACCAGUGUACCCUCCUUUAAUGCUAUAGGUUAUUUUGUACAUUUCAUUGGCAACGACCACGUCUGGAAUUUAAGUUCUGUUGUUGGUCAAGCUACUAGAGAAUCAGUCAGGUCGGUCAGGUCAGUGAGACCCUGAGCAGCAGGUGUGAGGAGGGACAGAACCGUACCAAAGGCGAAAUGAAGGUCGAUCCUGUUGCUCGUGCACAUGAAGUAUAUGAAAAGGGUGUUGGGACUUGGGAAGAGAACAGUUGUUUUGCAUGGUGCUUUGAAUGAGUGAAAAAUAAAGUGCAAAAAUGUGUCCUUAGGAAAGUAACGUUACUGGAGUUGCUGUUGUGAGUUCAAACUGUUAGAGGUGUUCAAAGAUUGUAUAUCCUAUUUAUUGUAUGUGUGUGCAUACAGCCCAGUCUGGUGUUUUCUUAGACCCAGAAGUAAGCGUUGAUAGCGUUGAUGCCGUGAGGUCAAACUAUGGUGAGUCCUGAAGUGGGAAGUUGACUCCGACAGCGAAGACCUUGGGUCUGUGGUGUCCUGUCGGCUGGUUACUAGGUGUGUGUCAUAGCCUUGUGCACUGAACUCUACCUCUGCAUAGAGUUUUACUUUUCUCUUGAUUUUUUUUUCCCUCUCUUUGACGACAAUUUUUGAAUUUCACAAAUUCAGCUUUGAUCAUGACGAUUUCCCGUGCUAACAUCAGUCAACUGCUGUAGCUGUGACCUGUUUUUUUUUAAGUUGUACUGUAUUCUGUUGUGUUGUUAUUGUCAGUGUAUUAUUUUCCUUUCAGUGAGUCAGUCAUUCUGUUCCUGUUCUCAGUUUGCCAAACUCAUAUCUCUCUAUCUUGGUUCUCUUUUCCUCUGUAUGUUUUCAGCUAUGAUUUAUAGAACUUCUCCCAAUUCUUCUCUCUGAAGCAAUGUUUAGAAAACCCUGUGCAAGAAUUAAACUUUAAAACCUUGCAAUAAA